CAAUUGAAAGUUGAAACACCGUGUCGCCGUCCUGACCGCUGCCUGCACAACGCUCCGCUUUACAAAUUAAAUUGAAUCCAAAAAACAAGAAAAUGAAUUAAAACAAACCCUAGAAUCCUCCUCUGCAUCUCUCUACCUCCAUUUCGUCUUCAUGGCUGCACUCAACCGGUUCGUAAGAGCCGCCGCCGGUACGGCGGCCACGCUAUCGGUUGCAAGAAGGGCGAUGUCGGCGAUUGCUUCCGAGUCUGGUGCCCGGAUGCCGGCCAGCUUCGCGCGGGCGGGCUUGGCUCUUCCGGAGGUAAGGAGAGAUCCAGCGGAGAGGAACGUGCAAUGGGUAUUCCUUGGGUGUCCUGGUGUGGGUAAGGGAACGUAUGCCAGCCGCCUCUCGCAGUUCCUCGGCGUGCCUCAUAUUGCCACCGGGGAUCUCGUCCGCGAAGAGAUCUCCUCCGCCGGUCCGCUCGCUGGUCAGCUUGAGGAGAUUGUCAAUAAAGGCAAAUUGUUACCUGAUGAAGUCAUUAUAGACUUGUUGUCAAAACGUCUUGAAGGUGGUGGAGCUAAGGGUGAAUCAGGAUUCAUUCUUGAUGGUUUUCCAAGGACAAUCAGACAAGCAGAAAUACUAGAGGGAGUAAUGGACAUAGAUCUUGUAGUGAACCUUAAGCUGAGAGAAGAAGUGCUCAUUGAGAAGUGCCUUGGAAGAAGGGUUUGCAACGAGUGCGGUAAAAAUUUCAAUGUCGCUUCCAUCAAUUUAAAGGGAGAAAAUGGUAGACCUGGAAUAUCAAUGGCUCCACUCCCACCUCCGCCUCAGUGUGCAUCAAAGCUCAUUACUCGAGCUGAUGACACUGAAGAUGUUGUGAAGGAAAGGCUGCGCGUCUACCAUGAGCUGAGUGAACCAGUUGAGGAAUUCUAUCGGAGCAGAGGAAAACUACUAGAAUUUGAUUUACCAGGGGGAAUCCCAGAAUCUUGGCCGAAGUUACUUCAGGCGCUGAACCUUGUGGAUCAUGAUGAGAAGCAAUCUGCUGCAGCAUGAGAUGCUAUGCAUUUGGCGUUCAUCUUAGGAAUCAUUCUUUGAAUAAGAUCCUCAAAAUGAGGCUGUGGUGGUUUUUUGCAACCAAUAGAAUUAUUUAUUUUCUAAUUAGUUUUUUUCUCUGACCAAUUAAUAUUUUUGUGUAAUAGCAUUUUUUUAUCACAUGUCAGUAUUGUAUCACUGAGGCAAAACCAUAUUAGCAUAUAUUCUUCACAUGUUUUUCGUGUUUAAAACAUUCUACACAGAAUUAUAAAGAGGCAGAAGUUUGUAUCA